CUCGACGAUGAAUCGAUUUCAUAGGUCAGAUAUUGUUAUUCAUGAUAUUGAUCUGAUUCGAUAUCAUCGAGAUGGAAUUCAUCCCAUGAAUUUCGAGGCAAAGGGUUUAGCAUCUCUAUGGGAUUAAAUCCCGAGUUAUUGCGAAGUAAAGAAAAACAAAACGAUGAGAUUAUGGAAGUAAAUAUUCUCGCAUUUAUUGCUACUGCACUCUUCAUUCUAGUUCCUACUGCUUUUUUACUUAUAAUUUAUGUAAAAACUGUUAGUCAAAGUGAUUAAUUUGAAUGAAACUUGACUUCUUAGUUCUCAUCAAUAUGAACGAUUAAAGAAAAACUGAAAAAAAAAAAUUCCAAUUGCGUGUCUUAGAUCAAAUGAACAAACUAGAAUAAGUAGUAUCUAUUCAAUAGGAUCUGACAGUACGGUAGAAAGAACUAUAGAGUUCUUUUUACCAUACUAUCCAUUUGUUUUUUCGAAUUUCUAAAGAAUAAAGAAUUCGGUUUGAAUCCAUUUUUGAUUUCUUGGUCUUUCGAAAAAGGAACACGAGAAUCAUGGAAAGAAUUUUUUUUUAUUAUCUAUUAUGAUUCCAUUUUGAAAAAGUCUUAUUCAUAUAUUAUUUAUAGAAUUCAUUAUUCCACUUGAAUCCAAUAGAAUAAUUUGUAAAUUUUGUAAAUAAAGAUAUUUUCAAUUGAAUUUAAAUCGUUCAAUUGAAAAGUUUUUGCAAGAAGAUCCGGAAAAAAAUUGAUACAAUUUCACUUCUCAACUUAACUUGUACUCCUAAAGUCCACUUCUUCCCCACACUACGAGUGAAAGCGAAAAUGUAAAGAUUACCAUUAAAGCAGCCCAAGCGAGACUUACUAUAUCCAUGUGAAUUAUGUCCCCUAUCUCUAUGAAUUUGAAAGAAUUUUUCCAUUAUUGUUCACUAAAUAUAAUAUAAAUAAUAGUAGAAUCUUUAUUGCAGAGUCAAAAAAAAGGAUUCUGUCCAAUACCACUGAUUAAAAACAAUCAAAAAUUUCAAUUAAUUCGAAGAAUUUCUUCUAGAAUUCUUCGUAGAAUCGGGAAACAUUAAGCACAAGCAAAAAAAAUACGCAGCGACCCGUUUAAUUAGAAGUAUUAAGAGCCUUUCCCGUCGCAUUUCUCCGUUGUGCACAAAUUCAAUAAGUUAUAUGGGCAAAGGGAAUAAGGUAUUUUGCGUCUUUUGUUGAUCAGGCGACACCCGGAUUUGAACCGGGGGAAAAAGGAUUUGCAGUCCACCGCCUUACCGCUCGGCCAUGUCGCCAAAUUAAUACAAAAGAAAGGAAAGUAUACCAUUUGGGGUGGUACUCAAAUUUGCAUCUUAACCCCCAUUUUCAUUUUCUUAACCUUAAGCCCCCUCCUAAAAAAAGGCUUUGAAUCCAUCUCUUCAAUUACUUUUGUCUAGUAUCUCAAAACAUACAUUAGCCAAAUGUAAAUUCUGUUCUCUUUUUAUUGACUAUUGACUAGUGAUAUUGAAGAAAACCAAAUGUGGAUUUUCAGUUCCAAAAAAUAAACAAAUUCGAACCAUUAACUAGUGGCCAAGAAUUCACGAACAAUUCUUGGAUUUGAAUCCAAAAUUGGAUUUUCUUAUGAUAUAUGAUAUAAGAAAAUAAAAAUUGAUACAUAACUAAUCAGUAUUGAUUCGUUUCAAUAAAAAAAUCUUUCUCAAUUUUAAUUAUAACAACAAUUAUGAGUAUAUGUAAACUAAACCCCAGAACAAAAAAUUCUUACAUAGAUAUCGAAUCGGAUAUCUUAACGAGAAUAGAGCUGCAAUAGCAAUAAAAAGAGAGACAUAUAGAUAGAGUUGAGUUAUAUAUGCCCAUGUUUAAUAAGCCUUCUAUUAUGCGCUUUAAUCGUAUUAUCCGAACUCUAUUAAAAAAACUAUCUCUUUUAUGCGAAUCUUUUUUUUGCACUGAAGAAUAACAAUGAAAUCCACAAAAAAGCUCAUUCCUAAAAAAAUAAGAAUCCAAUUUCUAUUUAUUGUUUCUGAUUAUCGGGUCUUUAUCUCAUCGAACAGAUCCAAUUCCGAAUCCAUUUAUUUGAUUAGUAUGUAAUACUAUUCGAAUAUAGAAUAUCAUAAUAGUAAUAUCAGAAGACUAAAGACUAAUAGAAAUAGAAUCACUUUUUGUUUGUUUUGCGAUUCUACCCAAAACCCCAUAAGUCUAAGUUAAGUUGUAUCGGUUGCAAAUUCCAAUUUGAGUAGAAAAUUCUCUUUAUUCCUCUGCUCAUACAUUCCAUAUCCAUAUAUGGAGUUCGAUAAAAGUUUAUGUUAUUUUGUAAACAGAAUAGAAAUCCCAUCAUUGCUAGCUCAAUCUAUAGAAUUGGAUGAAAAACGAUCCAAUUAUGGGAUUUUUCAAUAACUGGGAAAUAAAAAAUGCUUAGGGAUGCAAAUGGGGGACUGUUUACAAUACCUGGAUUUAAUCAGAUUCAAUUUGAAGGAUUUUGUAGGUUUAUUGAUAAGGGUUUAACGGAAGAGCUUUCUAAGUUUCCAAAAGUUGAAGAUACAGAUCAAGAGAUUGAAUUUCAAUUAUUUGUGGAAACAUAUCAAUUGGUGGAACCGUUGAUAAAAGAACGAGAUGCUAUAUAUGAAUCACGCACAUAUUCUUGGGAAUUGUAUGUAUCCGCAGGAUUAAUUAGGAAAACUGGCAGGGAUAUGCAAGAACAAACUAUUUUUAUUGGAAACAUUCCUCUAAUGAAUUCCCUGGGAACUUCUAUAGUAAAUGGAAUAUACCGAAUUGUGAUCAAUCAAAUAUUGCAAAGCCCCGACAUCUAUUAUCAGUCAGAAUUGGACCAUAACGGAAUUUCGGUCUAUACCGGUACGAUAAUAUCAGAUUGUGGGGGGGGGGGGGGGAUUAGAGAUUGAUAGAAAACCAAGGAUAUGGGCUCGUGUGAGUAGGAAACAGAAAAUAUCUAUUCUAGUUCUAUUAGCAGCUAUGGGUUUGAAUCUAAGAGAAAUUCUAGAGAAUGUGUACUACCCCGAAAUUUUCUUGUCUUUCCUGAACGAUAAAGAGAAGAAAAAAAAUUGGUUCAAGCCAUUUUGGAGUUUUAUAAAAAAUUUACUUGUGUAGGCGGCGAUCAAAUAUUUUCAGAAUCCUUAUGUAAAGAAUUACAAAAGAAAUUCUUUCAACAAAGAUGUGAAUUAGGAAGGAUUGGUCGACUAAAUCUGAACCGGAGAUUGAAUCUUGAUAUGUCUCAUAACAAUACAUUUUUGUUACCACGAGAUAUAUUGUCAGCUGCGGAUCAUUUGAUUGGAAUGAGAUUUGGAAUGGGUACAGUUGACGAUAUGAAUCAUUUAAAAAAUAAGCGUAUUCGUUCUGUAGCGGAUCUCUUACAAGAUCAAUUCGGAUUGGCUCUGGUUCGUUUAGAAAAUGUGGUUAGCGGAACUAUAUGUCGAGAAAUUAGCCAAAAAUUGAUACCGACCCCUCAAAAUUUGGUAACUUCAACUUCAUUAACAACCACCUUUGAAUCCUUUUUCAGAUUGCACCCAUUAUCUCAAGUUUUGGAUCGAACUAAUCCAUUGAACCAAAUAGUUCAUGGGAGAAAAUUGAGUUAUUUGGGUCCGGGGGGAUUGACGGGGCGAACUGCGAGUUUUCGGAUACGAGAUAUCCCUCCUAGUCACUAUGGACGCAUUUGCCCAAUUGAUACAUCUGAAGGAAUCAAUGUUGGACUUAUUGGAUCCUUAUCAAUUCAUGCCAAGAUUGAUGCUUGGGGGUCUUUAGAAAGCCCAUUUUAUAAAAUCUCUGACAGAUCAAAAAAAAAACGGAUGCUUUUUUUAUCACCAAAUAGAGACGAAUACUCUAUGGUAGCGGUAGGAAAUUCUUUGGCGAUCAAUCGAAGUGUUCAAGAGGAGCAGGUUGUUCCGGCUCGAUACCGUCAAGAAUUCCUGACUGUUGCGUGGGAACAGGUUCAUUUUCGAAGUAUUUUUCCCUUCCAAUAUUUUUCCAUUGGGGCUUCCCUCAUUCCGUUUAUCGAGCAUAAUGAUGCUAAUCGAGCUUUGAUGAGUUCAAAUAUGCAACGUCAAGCAGUUCCGCUUUCUCGGUCCGAGAAGUGCAUUGUUGGAACUGGAUUGGAACGCCAAGUGGCCCUCGAUUCAGGGGCCACCGCUAUAGCCGAACAUGAGGGAAAGAUAAUUUCUACCGAGAUUGAUAAGAUCCUUUUAUGGGGCAAUGAAGAUACUCUAAGCAUUCCAUUAGUUAUGUAUCAGCGUUCCAACAAAAAUACUUGUAUGCAUCAAAAAACUCAGGUUCGACGGGGUAACUGCAUUAAAAAGGGACAAGUUUUAGCGGAUGGUGCCGCUACAGUUGGCGGCGAACUUGCCUUGGGCAAAAACGUAUUCGUAGCGUAUAUGCCGUGGGAAGGUUACAAUUUUGAAGAUGCGGUUCUUAUUAGCGAACGUCUGGUAUAUGAAGAUAUUUUUACUUCUUUUCACAUACGUAAAUAUGAAAUUCAGACUCAGGCAACAAGCCAAGGACCUGAAAGGAUCACUAAUGAAAUACCACAUUUAGAAGCCCAUUUACUCCGAAAUUUAGACAAAAAUGGAAUUGUUAUGUUGGGAUCUUGGGUCGAGACAGGUGAUAUUUUAGUAGGUAAAUUAACGCCUCAAAUCGCGAAAGAAUCAUCGUAUGCCCCGGAAGAUAGAUUAUUACGAGCUAUCCUUGGAAUUCAGGUAUCUACUUCAAAGGAAACCUGUCUAAAACUACCUAUAGGUGGUAGGGGUCGAGUGAUUGAUGUGAGAUGGAUCAGGAAACGGGGGGGUUCCAGCUAUAAUCCAGAAACGAUUCGUGUAUAUAUAUUACAAAAACGUGAAAUCAAAGUCGGCGAUAAAGUAGCUGGAAGACAUGGGAAUAAAGGCAUCAUUUCAAAAAUUUUGCCUAGACAAGAUAUGCCUUAUUUGCAAGAUGGAAGACCAGUUGAUAUGGUCUUCAAUCCGUUAGGGGUGCCUUCACGAAUGAAUGUAGGACAGAUAUUUGAAUGCUCCCUUGGGAUAGCGGGAGGUCUGCUAGAUACACAUUAUCGCAUAGCACCGUUUGAUGAGAGAUAUGAGCAAGAGGCUUCAAGAAAACUUGUGUUUUCUGAAUUAUAUGAAGCCAGUAAACAAACAGCAAAUCCGUGGGUAUUUGAACCCGAAUUCCCGGGAAAAAGUAUAAUAUUUGAUGGAAGAACGGGAGAUCCUUUUGAACGGCCUGUUAUAAUAGGAAAGUCUUAUAUAUUAAAGUUAAUUCAUCAAGUUGAUGAUAAAAUACAUGGACGUUCCAGCGGGCAUUAUGCACUUGUUACACAACAACCCCUUAGAGGAAGGGCCAAGCAAGGGGGUCAACGGGUAGGAGAAAUGGAGGUUUGGGCUCUAGAGGGAUUUGGUGUUUCUCAUAUUUUACAAGAGAUGCUUACUUAUAAAUCGGAUCAUAUUAGAGCUCGCCAAGAAGUUCUUGGUACUACGAUCAUUGGAGGAGCAGUGCCUAAACCGGAAGAUGCUCCAGAAUCCUUUCGAUUGCUCGUUCGAGAAUUACGAUCUUUGGCUCUGGAACUGAAUCAUUUCCUUGUAUCUGAGAAGAACUUCCAGAUUAAUAGGAAGGAAGCUUAAUCGGAAUGAAUCAGAAAUUUUCUUCUAUGAUCGAUCGGUAUAAACAUCAACAACUCCGAAUUGGAUUGGUUUCGCCUCAACAAAUAAGCGCUUGGGCCAAAAAAAUCCUACCGAAUGGAGAGAUUGUUGGCGAGGUGACAAAACCCUAUACUUUUCAUUACAAAACGAAUAAACCAGAAAAAGAUGG